AUGAGAUUUCUUGCACCUGAGAAUUUCGAUACACCGAACAAUAAACAAGGCCACGAAACUGGGCAUAAAAGAAGAAUUGAAGAAGAAAAAAAAUGUCUUAAACUUUUUGAGACUGUAUGGAAAUCUUUGGUUCAACGUCAAACGAUACAAUGCAAAUAUUUGGAAGCACUGUGUCGUCAAAAUUUUGUUCCGUAG